GUCUUGGUUGGGGUAAAGUUCUUAAGGAAGUGGCCGUUUAUCGGUCGUUUGCGGGUGUGCUUUGUGGAGCCUCCUUAUUUUCAGAUGACUGUGAAGCCAAUUUUCACACAUGGGCUUGAUGUAACAGAACUUCCUGGAAUUGCUGGAUGGAUGGAUAAACUACUUGCUGUUGCCUUUGAGCAGACACUUGUCGAGCCCAACAUGCUGGUGGUGGAUGUUGAGAAGUUUGUGUCGCCGCAACCAGAAAACUGGUUCUCGGUUGAUGCUAAGGAGCCCAUUGCUUUUGUUAUUUUAGAAGUUCUUGAAGCAGCUGACAUGAAGCCAUCAGAUUUAAAUGGAUUGGCUGAUCCAUAUGUUAAGGGACACCUUGGCCCCUACAGAUUCAGGACUAAGACUCGGAAGAAGACAUUGACUCCACAGUGGAAUGAGGAGUUCAAGAUUCCAAUCUGUACAUGGGAGUCUCCUAACAACAUGCUCAAUCUAGAAGUUCGUGACAAGGACCAUUUUAUUGAUGAUACAUUGGGAGAUUGUUCCAUCAACAUCUGCGAUUUAAGGGAUGGGCAGAGGCGUGAUAUGUGGCUGUCUCUUCAGAACAUUAAAAUGGGGAGAUUGCAUCUUGCCAUAACUGUUGUUGGCUGUAGCAAAAAGGGUGCGGAGCAGUCAUAUGAGCGAGGAAGCGUGGACGAUGAACAGGAUAUCAAAUUUGCUGAGAUGGAUACAACUGAACAAAGCUCCUUAACCACUGAAUCAGCCGAUAAAUCAUCAAAAGCUGCAGAUAAGUAUGAACCUAUUAAUAUCGAAGGGCAGCAGGAGACUGGUAUAUGGGUACACCAUCCAGGGAGUGAAGUAGCACAAGUCUGGGAACCAAGAAAGGGAAAAAGCAGGGUUGAUGGGGAAGUUCUUGGCGUGAGUGGUGAUUCCAAGGGAAGUUUUAAGUCAACAGCAGGGGGCUCCACUCACAAUGAUGAGUGCAGGUCUGAUGGAAGUGUUAAUGGAAGUAAGCCAGAUUCUCCUAGUCGAAUUCACAGGGGUUUACAUAAGAUCAGCUCGCUUUUCCACAGAAGUCCUAGACACGAGGAUAAGUCAGGCAAUCUCGGAGAACCUGAGACAUCUCAACACGAGAAUCUUAGGGCGGUUAGUGCCAAGGAAAUUGGAGUGAAGAUUAUAGUGGAUGACACGGUUUCCCUUUCAUUAUUGGCCACAACACCUACAGAAGAUGGAAAGGAGAGUCAUGAGGGAAAUGGGGAACGCCCCAAAAAGGGGAGAGUGAGAGACAAGGCAAAGAACAUCCUUAAACAUGCUGGUAAGUCUGUUGGUGGUGGCAUAAAGAAAGCGGUGUCGCGGAAGUCAUCAGGAAAAUCUAAAGGGGAGCUAGAAUCAUCAGAGACAGAGAGAGUGAGCUCCCUGGAAUCUGAUUCUUCUGAUGCAGAGUCUCAACAUUCAUCAAUUGAUUCGCCUCGAGUUGUAGCACCUUCAGUUGGCAACACUUCCUUAGCCAGCUCUGGUAUUGAGAGUUUUGACACCACAAUAAAGACCAGUGGACUGGUAGAUAGGGAAAGCAUUAAAGGUCCAGAUGAGGUAGCAGGGAACGCAAAAGACAAUCAUGGCUUUGGUCAGACUUCAAGUUUCAAAANCCCGUACAGUCUCUUUAAGCAGAUUGAUGUUCUUAUUCCGUUUUACUUGUAUAUGCUGUUAUGUCCUGCCUGUAAUUGCUUCAUGUAG